AUGAAUGCACUGUCCUCUAUCAUCAACAUUUUUGUGAGCAGGGCUGAGGCUUUCAGAUACCACUGGAGAUGUGGAGAACUAAAGAUUACUCACCUAUCAUAUGCUGAUGACUUGCUUCUCUUUCGCCAUGGAGACACUACAUCAGUGUCAGUGAUCAAGUCAGCAAUGGACUACUUCAGUACAAUGUCUGGUCUUGACAUUAAUACAUCCAAAAGCACAAUUUUCUUUUCUGGGGUGGACCUACUCACUCAGAACAACAUUAUUUCAUUGCUAGGAAUUGAAGCAAGCUCUCUCCCAGUCAAGUACUUAGGAGUACCUUUGAUUUCCACUUGCCUAAAGUCAUCCCACUGCAGCCUUUUAAUUGAGAAAAUCACCAAAAGGGUAUCACAUUGGUCCUCUAGGUCACUUUCCUAUGCAGGCAGAUUACAACUCAUUAAGGCUGUCCUAGUCUCAACACAAAUAUAUUGGUCAAGUAUUUUCAUCCUCCCUAAAGCAGUGAUCAAUGAACUUAACAAGAUUUUAAGAUCAUUUCUUUGGACUGGCCCUGAAAUGAGAUCAACUGGAGCUAAAGUGUCAUGGGGGAAGGUUUGCAGACCAAAAGAAGAUGGAGGGUUGGGGAUUCCAAACUUGGAAUUGGCAAACAAGGCUGGAAUUAUGAGGUUCAUUUGGGAUUUACAAACAGAUACUAAUGGCAGACUUUGGAUUCAAUGGUGUCACACUCACCUCAUAAAGAGUAGGAAUCUAUGGGAGCUCAAUAUUCCUCACUCUUGCUCUUGGAGCUGGAGGAAGAUGCUGCAACUAAGACAUCCGGCUAGACUUCUCUUAAAGCACUCUAUUGGCAAUGGGACAGACACUUCCUUUUGGUUGGACAACUGGGCUCCAGGAGGACCCCUUUGUUCUAGAUUUCCCACAACAAUUCUCACACAAGCAGGCUUAAGUCAUGAAACCACAAUGGACAACUUUAUUGUUGGUUCGACUUGGUCUUUUCCAUCAGACAUCAUAACCUCCAUCCCUGAAUUGCUGCAACUCCAACCUCCACUCCCAACCAGGAGAGACAAGAAGAGAUGGACAGCUUCCUCAACAGAAAGGAAUGAAAGAAUCUUCACGAAGAAGAGAGCUUCUCAGAGGGUCGUCCUCGCUCGGAUUUGUUCCACCAUCAUUGCAAUUCUAAAGCUUGGCUUUCUGCAAGACUGCUCCACAGCGAGAAGAAUUCUUUCAGAAUGGAACCUAUCCCCCUCAUGUUGUCGUCCUCCGCCGCGUCCACCAGAUUGA